UUUUAUAUUCUUUGUGUCACAUGCCUGCAGAAUAUUACAUUGUGUCUUUACAAUAAAGAACCCACAUCUAAAUAAAUGCAACCAUUUGCUAAACAGAAUGCUUUCUGUUUCUGUUAAAUGUAUUUUGAAUGACUCACAAAGACUUAAUCUCUGUAAAUGUCAGUCCAAUUCAUUCAGGCAACACUUCGUUUCUCGUGUGCAUGUGUUCAGGAUCAUUGCGAUGUGUGGAGAUUACUACAUCGGUGGACGGCGCUUCUCAUCCCUGUCAGACCUCAUUGGCUAUUACAGCUAUGUGUCUUGCUUGCUGAAAGGUGAAAAACUGUUGUCUCCAGUGGCUCCUCCAGAGCCAGUAGAGGACAGAAGACGAGUGAGGGCCAUACUUCCAUACACCAAAGUGCCAGAUACUGAUGAGAUCAGUUUUCUUAAAGGAGACAUGUUUAUCGUUCUUAAUGAACUGGAAGAUGGUUGGAUGUGGGUUACUAAUGUUCGGACAGAAGAGCAGGGCCUUAUAGUAGAUGAUCUUGUGGAGGAGGUGGGACGAGAAGAAGAUCCCCACGAGGGAAAAAUCUGGUACCACGGGAAGAUCAACAAACAAGAGGCGUACAACCUACUAAUGACAGUUGGCCAGGUAUGCAGCUUUCUGGUCAGGCCAUCAGACAACACGCCGGGUGAUUACUCCCUGUUCUUUCGUACCAAUGAAAACAUCCAAAGGUUCAAGAUCAGCCCUACUCCCAACAACCAGUACAUGAUGGGUGGGCGGUACUAUAACAGCGUUGAUGAUAUCAUCGAACAUUACCGAAAAGAGCAGAUUGUGGAAGGCUACACGUUGAAAGAUCCUGUGUCAAUCCAGCAACAAGAACAAGUCCUCUCUGACCUGGUUGAUGGCAAAGAAAUCUAUAACACUAUUCGACGUAAAACAAAAGAUGCUUUCUACAAAAACAUUGUUAAGAAAGGAUAUCUUCUCUUCAACAAAGGAAAGGGGAAACGCUGGAAGAACUUGUACUUCAUACUGGAGGGAAAUGAUGCUCAGCUUAUUUACUUUGAGAGCGAGAAGCGAGCCACCAAACCCAAGGGAUUAAUUGAUCUGAGUGUGUGUUCUGUGUAUUGUGUCCAUGACAGUCUGUUUGGCAGGCCAAACUGUUUCCAGAUUGUGGUUCAGCACUUUAGUGAAGAGCAGUAUAUUUUUUACUUUGCUGGGGACACACCUGAGCAGGCCCAGGACUGGAUGAAAUGCUUGCAGACAUUCUGCAAUAACCUUAGAAAACCCAUACAGACCACAACCAACAAGCGUUUGCGUCAGGUGAGCAGUUUAGUGCUGUAUGUGGAGGAGGCCCACAAACUUCCCAUCAAACACUUCACCAACCCCUACUGCAACAUCUCACUGAACAGUGUGCAGGUGGCCAAGACUCACCCUAGAGAGGGACAGAAUCCAGUGUUUACUGAGGAGUUCAUUUUUGAUGACCUGUCAAGUGACAUCAACAGAUUUGAAAUCACCUUAAGCAACAAGACGAAGAAAAGCAAAGAGAGUGAUAUCUUGUUCAUGCGUUGCCAGCUGAACAGGCUGCAGAGGGGUCAAAUGAUAGAUGAGUGGUUUCCUCUGAGCUCCUAUGUGCCUCUGAAGGGAAUCGAGCCUGGCUCGCUCCGUGUGAGAGCGCGCUACUCCAUGGAGAAGAUCAUGCCUGAAGAAGAGUACAGUGAAUUCAAAGAGCUCAUCCUGCAGAAAGACUUUAAUGUCAUCUAUGCAUUGGCUCACGUGUGCGGGCAAGACCGCACGCUGCUGGCCAGCAUCCUGCUCCGGAUCUUCAGACACGAGCGAGCUGAAGCUCCAUUACUGAGGACGCUGAACGACAAAGAAAUUAAUAUGGAGGAUGAGGCUACGACGCUGUUCCGUGCCACUACUCUAGCCAGUACUUUGAUGGAGCAGUACAUGAAGGCCACAGCCACACCUUUCGUCCACCACGCCCUCAAAGACACCAUACUGAAGAUCAUGGAGAGCAAGCAGUCCUGUGAGCUGAACCCAUCUAAACUGGAGAAGAAUGAGGAUGUUAAUCUAAAUCUCGCUCACUUGCUCAAUAUCCUGUCAGAGUUGGUGGAGAAAAUCUUUAUGGCUGCUGAGAUUUUGCCUCCCACCCUGAGGUACAUUUAUGGCUGUCUGCAGAAGUCUGUGCAGCAGAAAUGGCCCACGAACACUACAAUGAGAACCCGAGUUGUUAGUGGUUUUGUCUUCCUGAGGCUCAUCUGUCCUGCCAUUCUUAACCCCAGAAUGUUCAACAUCAUCGCUGAUCCUCCAUCCCCCACAGCAGGCCGAACACUCACCCUUGUGGCCAAGUCAGUGCAGAACUUGGCCAACCUGGUGGAAUUUGGUGCUAAGGAGCCCUACAUGGAGGGAGUGAAUCCUUUCAUCAAAAACAACAAACAAAGGAUGAUCAUGUUUCUGGAUGAGCUGGGGAAUGUUCCUGAUCUUCCGGAAUCGACUGAGCACUUUAGGACUGAUUUGUCCCGUGACCUUGCUGCCCUGCAUGAGAUCUGUGCUAUUCAUUCUGAUGAACUCCGCACCCUCAGCAACGAGAGAGGAGCCCAGCAGCAUGUACUAAAAAAGCUGCUGGCCAUUACUGAGCUCCUCCAGCAGAAACAGGUGCACUACGCCAUGUCCAACAGCAACAGAACUGAAUGUACCUUUAUGGCUGUAGCCACUACUAUCCAUGUCCUCUGAAAACAGACUGAUAGCAUUGACAGCUAGGCUUGUUCUGCCAGAUGGAUUAUUUGACUAGUUAGGGUGACGCACUGCCACUGAUCCCAAAAAUAUCAACCUGACUGAAGUAGCUCACAAAUGAACCAUCAAAUGGAUGGUUAGAGACAUUGAUUAUCUCCUGGAUCUUCCCACGCUGAUAAUCGUGAAACUCCAAGAGAAUAUAUAAUUUAACCAAAUGUUCAAGCAUAAAUCAGAAAUGCUCACAAGUUUCCACCUUAAGAGGUCUGAACCACCUCAUGGAGACUACAGAAUCAACUUGGAUCUGUCCGGCUACAAACUAUACCACAGACAAUGAUGAUGGUCGGACCAACAAACCUAGGAGCCAUGAGCACUAGAGGAGAACUUUCGCACUACACUGUUCUUGACCAUCAGGGAAGCGAGACGCACUUACGGUGCAAGCCUUAAAAAUGUCUACACUCAGUUUUACCUCACAACCUGUUCCUGUUUUCAACAGCAGUUUCAGGUGCACGUAGGCUUAGAUCCUGCUUAUUCUGAUCUUACCUUCAGAGCUGGGCUUGACAAGAUGCUGCAAUCCUACAUUUUAUCUCCAAACCAGUGUUUGUGUGCGAUACAUGAGAAGAUCAGUGAGAUCUAUUUGGAGAACAGAUUACAAGGCUGUGGUACCUUGCUUGGUGCAUGUAUCAACUUAUCUUCCCCACUGAUCCUCCACCUAACCUACAACAACAAAUUUGAGCUCAACUUUCUUCAGAAUGGGCUUAAUAUAGUAUGGGCUUUCUGGUUGUUUUGUGUUUGAAAAUGAGAAACACCAAGAUCCACUGACUAUCAAAGUAUGUUAAAUGUAUGUCUUGAUCAUGUUUAGCAUAUCUACUUGAUGAUUCUAUUUGACACUUUCUUGACAGGAUAUGGAUUGUUAUUUCUUGAAUCUUUAUUUUAUAAAACCUCAAUGCCAAGUGAUGUUACCAAUUUAUUGGGUGAUUCUGCCAUGUCUUUUGUUUGUCAAUUUUACCUGUAGUUAAAUUAUCCUACACUUGCUCAUCCUUAUAAAAGUAUUGAGGGUUGACAUUGUAAAGUGAUGGAAAACCAUAGUAUGGGAAUUAGGUAUCGGUAUUAGCACGGUACGUUUCUUGUUGUGGAAGCAAAUGCACAUUCAUUAGCACCAAUUGUUUGGUACUGUCAACCACAGUUGGGGAAAAAUCUAGUUAAUUUAACUGCAUUUUAUGACCCAGCAGAUCUGUGAAGCAGAAUGCAACAUUUUCGGAUUUCAAGUAGCUCAUGCAUUUUUAUUUUUCUAUUUUAUACUUAAAAACCACGACUUAUGCAUCUUAGAUACAAUACACCAAUUGACUAACCUAGCUAAAUAAAACUUUUAGUAGGCUUAGGUUGUGUGUGGUUUUUGAACUGACAUGUUCCUUUCUCUAAAACAUUAAGGCCCGGUUUCACAGACACAGCUUAUUUUAAACCAGGACUAUGCCUUAGUUGAAUUAAGAUAUUUAUGUCACUUUUAUAAAAAUGCCUUAGAAGAAUACAUUACUGGUGUGCAUGUUGAGACAAAACAACGGCCCUAAUAUAUUAAGAUAUUUCUGGGCAAGUUAUAUUCAGUUAAGACAGGUCUCACAUUCAUUUUAGUUUAGGACUAGCCCUAGCCUUGUCUGUGAAACCGAGCCUAUGUGUAUUAUCAUUUUAAAGCUUUUAUUUCUGUUGAAGCGGUGGAAGUAGUGUAUUGCACCUUGAAUAAGUUAUUCUGAUGACUGAAAAUGAGACCAUGAUUCAUAUUUUAAAUUGUAAUAUUGUUGGUUUCAUGUGGAAAUCUAUUAAAAAAUGAUUUUGAAAAUGAUGAGCAACACCUGCUGUUCGUGGCUGCACUUACAACCAGGCGAAGCUUAUUUCACGUCGUAAAAAAAAAAAGAGCGCUUCACACACAGAUCUAAAGUUAACACGGACUGCUCCCGUGAGGACGAACAUUAAACAUCACUUAGAAUGAAUGUGCUCAUAGUUUAAAAAGUUCAGAGUAAAAACGCGAAACAGUAAACGGGAUACACAAGGAUUCUUUACUGUAUUUUACCGACGUGUUGUCAAAAAUCUGUUGGAAUACAUCACAUCAUGUGGACUACAUUUCUCAUCUGAUAUGCUUGAUGUAAAGUAGGUAUAUCUUUUCACUCAUCAUCUAAUAAACAAAAUGUAGAGCGAAUAUUUAUAAAUGAAAAAUGUAGCAGCUUUUGCACUUGAUCUUUAGUAUAAUGUUUAUCAUAUUAAUGGCCAGCUGACGAUACAGCAGCUUUAUGUGCACACGGUCCGUGUAAUGCUUGCAGUUCGCUUUUAAAUACAAAAAUAAUAUUAUUUACCACAUUUUUAAAUAGCACACAAUCGACAUCAUGUAAAGAUUUUGAAAACCCUCCGCAAUUUUCUAAUUGCUCAUUUGUUUACUGUCACAACAACUGAAUCAAUAAAGUUGCUAAAUAUCCGCCGUCGAGUAUUAAAAUCAUCAUCCCAUUCCUCUAUGAAGUAGUAGACAGAAUGCUGAUGUAGUUUAUAAGUGCUGUCAGUUUGUGAGUUCACAUUCUGCUAUAAACGAAUGACUUGACAUACGGCAGAAAUGCGUUUGUUAACACUGAACUGAAGUUUACCAUCUUUCGCUGGUAAAAAAAAGCGUCAUGGGGCGUAGGAAACUUGUGGAUAGCACCUUACAAUUCUAUAUUGUUGCGAAGCAGCUUUCCAGUAAAUAAUAGUAUGAAAAAGUAGAGACAAAAGUAACAACAGGAAAUUAUGAAAUGUACAGAAAAUCUGAGCCCAUGGUAUUGUAGUUUUUCAUCAAGAUGUGCAUUAAUAAGGCUAACUGAAGAAAAUUGUCAGUGGGUUUAUGAUCGGACUGUGAUAAUCAUAGUGCUGUUAAUGCUGCCAUCUGUAACUUUUGUCCCUCUAUCUACCAUCUCUGUAAGGUUACCAAUAAGUUUGUGUUUAAAACAGAGACCUUGCUCAAUAUCUGUUUUUUAUUUCCUUUUUUUAAAAAGUUUUGGAUUGCAGCUUUAAGUAUGUACAUUAAAUCUUUUGUAAGAUGUAUUUUAGUAACUGUAAAAAAAUAUUUUACUGACUGUAAAAUAAUUGUCUUCAAGAUUGUAACUGGUUCCAAAUAGAUUGAUGACUGAAUGGAUGACAACAUAAAAUUUCAACCAUUUCAACCGAAGACUCGCAGAGACUGAAACAUUUAUGCCCAGUUUCACAGACCAAAAUAAAUGCUUGCGCUGUCUUAAUUGAAAAUAAUGUAAAUAUAUAGGCCUAUGUCAGUGCCAUUGUUUUGUCUCAAUAUGCACACCAAUGUUUUUUUCUGAGGCACUUUUAUAAAAGCAACUUAAAAAUCCAAAUUGAAUGAAGGCAUAGUCCUAGAUUAAGCUAAACCUUGUCUGUGAAACUGGGCCUAGUAAAUUACAUGCAAAA